AUGGCCCAAACCCGCGGCGCAACCGGCCACUCCAAGCCAAGAGUCUUCACCACCGUCUCGACUGAGCCUGUCCGCAAGCGGCAGACCACGGCCGCCACCACGGGUGGCACUACCAAAAAGCGUAAGACCGCUUCCAAGAAAGCAGGUGCAACGACGGCCAACGCAGGCGUGACGAAGAAGCGGGCGCCUGCGACGCACCACAAGAGAAAGCCCACACUCGCGGAUAAGGUCGAGGGCGCGGUUGAGAAGGUCGUCGGUAUUGUCGAGGGAAAACCUGGCAAGAAGGCCGCAGGCACGAAGAAGAUGAGAGGCACGGAUGGGAAGGGGAGUAAGGUGGCAAAGACUGCGAAGAUCGAGGCAUAA